UCUCAUGCCGGGUACAUCGAUAAUAAAAGAACCUCCUCUCCCUCCUAGAAAUUGGAGCGAGACACCAAGGAAGUGACCUCUGUGUGAUAUCAGUGGAGUGAACUAUUCCUGAAAUUACAGCUGUUUUUCUCUUAGGGAUCAACACGCACUGUGUAGGAGCCAUUCAUAUGUUAUCCAUGCCAGAAGCAAAUCCGUGAUAACUCCACCUGCACAUCCUGUAUGUCCUGCAAAUGUUCUUCCUCACAGUACAAGCAGGCAUUCCUUAAAAAGAGGCACACCACUCAAGCAAGAAUUACAUUUGCAGCAAUGCUUGCCCAGUGUGAUAAAAAUUUUUCUGCCAGGCAGUGAAAGGGUCGAGGGCUGACAUCUGAGCAGCUUUAAUGAGUUUCCUGUAACUGCACAAAGUCCAAUGGCACCAUAUGCUUCCUGUAACUGCAUUGUUUCAGUUCAAGUGAAAGCCAGCUCAGCCGAGAAGAAACACCACUGAGGUGAGAACUCUUUCAAGACUGGCCUUUUAGGAAAGGAUUGGAGAAAGCAGAAAGCAGGAGAUGUCUUGGGAGCCAGAACUUCCUCUCUCUGCGUCUGCUAUAACGAUACAUGAGAGUGCUUUCGGCAACGUACCAGAGCGUGGCGCUCAGAACAAAAGUAGAGUGGAUUCACAUAACAGAAACGAGGGAAGAUUCUCUAAACUGAGAAACGGAAAAGGAAUACCAGAAACUCAGGAAAGAGAUCCAGAAUCCCAGCAAAAUUCUUGCAGUGUGGAAGAACUAAGGAAGAAAUUUGAGCCUCCGGCCUUAACCCACGGGCCAGAGAAACCCCCACAGAAGGGAAGCAGAGUGGAUUCACCAAAGAGAGUCCAAGCAAACUUCUCCAAGCAGAGCAAGGGGAAUGAAGAUCCAGUAAUUCUGGAAAGAGGAAGGACAGUGGAGAUGAGCACCUCAGAGGUCGUGGAAUCCAUGAGGAAGGAAAUGGAGAAGAUUCUGAGCAAGAAACUGGCUGUGUUGCAGAGAGAACUGGUAACGACCCAGCAUGCAAUCCCACCCAUGAAGGAACCGACCAACACCUGGACUACCCUUCAGAGUAUCUCUGAGAAUGUGCAAGCCCUGCAGAAAGAUUUGGAGAACAUGCAUGUGUCCACAAAGGAGAGCCUUCAGAUGCUCAGAGCAGACCUGGAGGAAAGAGUACCAAAAGCAUGGAAUACACCCAAAAGGUCUGAGUCUGAAGAGAAUCUGUUGGAUGUGGAGAACCAUGGAGGUUUUUUCAAAAUGCAGCGCUACAAAGUUGAUGUCACCCUGAAUGCUGACACGGCUCACCCCAGACUGGAAGUGUCUGAAGAUGGGAAGAGCAUGAAUGAUACCGGUGUGAUCAGACAGGUGCCCAGCAAGGAGGAGAGAUUUGAUUCCCACAUUUUUGUGUUGGCAAAGGAAGGAUACACAUCCGGAAGAAAAUACUGGGAAGUGGAUGUUGGAAAGAGAAGAAACUGGAUCUUGGGUGUUGCUUCUGAGUCUGUGGCUCGUAAAGGGACUGUGAACCUGUCCCCAAAGAAUGGCUUCUGGGUCAUAGGGUUAACAGAUGGGGAAGAGUAUUGGGCGCACACGGAUCCUUGGACUCGUUUGACAGCGAGUGGUAGACCACAGAAGAUUGGGGUCUUCCUGGACAUCUCUGCCAACAAGCUCUCAUUUUACGAUGCCAAAAAGAAAUCAGCUUUGUACACUUUUACCAGUAUUGGUGAUAGCAGACUGGAAAGGAAAUUCAUUCCCUUCUUCUCAACAGGUUCUGGUGUCUCAGCACUUGAUACUGAGCCAUUGAAAAUCGUGCAAGGGUUUGAUGAUGAUGAUUGAAUGUGUGAUUAAAUACAGAUUGUGAAAUGAGACUGAUAUGUUGUCAAAAAAUCCCCAACUUUGUGUUUCCCAGUGGAGUCUGGCUAGGUUGUUGGUACCAGAAUUUUUCAGCACUGCUUGCUAUUCCUGCUGUGAGGCAGCAGAAACAAGCACUAGAAAUCACAUUGAUAAAUGGAAUAUAGCACUCAGCAUCCUUAUGAACUCCUUAUAAAACAUGAGUUUUAUUAAAGA